UCUAGAUCUAGAUAGAUUGUCUAAAUAAUCUCUAAUUAUUGGUUGAUCUAGUAAUGUUAGAUCUAUAAAUUAAAAUUACAGUACAGUCAUUGUGUCUGUACAGUAGUUAGUGUACAGACGUUGUCACAACUGUUAAUCAAAUGAGAGAAAACAACAAUGUCAAAGUUUAGUAAACCAAGACUGGGAACAAACAAGCCUGAGAAGACUGAUGGCAUUCAUCCUUCUGUUCUAAAACAAGCUCGCAGAUCAGGUGUUCUCAACUUGAGUCAAAGAGGGUUAACAAUUGUUCCAGAAGAAGUCUGGUCAGUUCAAGAAUAUGUUCCUGAGGAAGCAAAGAGUGUGUCCAUGGACAACACUGAAGACAAGUGGUGGGAUGUGGUUGACUUAACAAAACUUAUUCUGGCUUCUAACCACCUGACAACCCUGGGGGAAGGGCUGAGAAAUUUUCAAGCAUUAACUGUUCUAGAUGUUCAUGAUAAUCAGUUGACUUCACUCCCUCAAGCAAUCAGUCAAUUGGAACAAUUACAAAAGCUAGACAUAAGUCGAAAUCAGUUAAGAGAGCUUCCAUCACAGAUUGGAUACUUAGUGAACCUAACAAGUUUACAUGUGGAACACAAUCAUCUAACUGAGCUUUGCCCUAAUGUCUUGCGUCUUCAGAAACUGGAGUUCUUUGAUGCGUCCAAUAACCAACUCACCUCACUGCACAAACAAAUCUCCUACUUGUGUCAGCUGAGACAGUUGAAUGUAUCUCAUAAUAAACUCACGCAGCUACCGUCUGAGAUAGGAGAUCUUACUGCUUUGCGUCUUUUUGAUGCCACACACAACCAGCUGUUGUCGCUUCCUGAAAAUUUGGGCAACUUGAGAAAUUUGGAGCAGCUACAUAUCCGACAUAAUCAGCUGGAAUACUUGCCAACUUUUCACAGCUGUGCCAAUCUAAAGGAAAUUCUGGCCGGUAAUAACAAUAUCCGUGGACUGACAGAUGAACUGUUAGAAAAUCUGAAAUCUUUGACUUGCCUGGACAUGAGGGACAACAAACUGGCCAAGCUACCUGACAAGAUCGUAGCAUUGGAGAAGUUGGAGAGGAUUGACUUGACUAAUAAUGAUAUCAGUGUACUUCCAUUCCAGCUUGGUGCAAUGACAUCACUGAAAGCUGUCAUCCUGGAUGGAAAUCCUAUGCGCUCCAUUAGAAGAGAUAUUAUCAUGAGAGGAACAGCAGAAUUAAAGAAGUAUCUGCUGAGCCGCUUGAAGGAUGAGGAAAAUGAAAGUGAAUCUUUGACUGACGCAGGGUCCAACUCAGCCUUGCCAACCGGCAACCAGGAUCCACUGAGUCACCAUGACCUCCAUCAGAUGAAAUCUCUAGACUAUAGUAACAAGAAGCAAGCAACUCUGCCUGAUGAGGUGAUGAAGGCUGCUGCUGAAGCUGGUGUCAGGGCUGUUAACCUCAGUAAAAAUCUCUUCUCAGAUUUACCAAAUAGUCUUGACGCCAUUGCCCACACCAUGGUAGAACUCAACUUGGGGGUGAACAAGCUGACUCAACUGAAUCCAAGAAUAGGCAACUUCAGUAAGCUACAGAUGUUGGAUCUGAGAAGUAACCAGUUAUCUGACCUGCCAUCAGAGUUGUCAUCCUUGAUAAGCUUGAGGGAGCUUAUUAUAUCCAGCAAUAGGUUCAAUAAACUGCCCUCUGUUGUGUUUGAAUUGAAAAAACUAGAGAUUUUGUUUGCAAAUGACAACAGAAUUGCACAAUUGGACCACACUGGCUUUUUGAAGUUAGACAAAUUGGGAACACUGGACCUGCAGAAUAAUGAUCUGAGUCAAAUACCCCCUGAGAUUGGGAACUGUACUUGGUUGAAGUCUUUUGCACUAACAGGCAACCCCCUUCGAAACCCUCGGCCAGCCGUCUUGGCUAAAGGGACUCCUGCAUUACUGGAGUAUCUCAGGAGUAGAAUCGUUGAAUGAUGUGCAAUUGUUGAUGCUGUCUAGUCCUUCAUUGUAUGCACUUGCCAUUGCUAGAGACUUCUUUAAUUCUUGGCACUUGCUUAAGGUUGUGAUAAACCAUUGCUCACUGUUAUGUUAAAAAUCUAUUAUAAUUUGAUUACAUCAUUACAUCAGUGUUUUGACCCUCUUUACGAUUCUAGUGAUAUUAACUGUGAUCAUAAUUAUUCAAUGAUUAGAUAUUUUGCAUCUAAGUGAACAGGGUUUUAAAAACAUAGGACAGAACAAGAAAUAUCCAUUCCUUCAAGUCAAUAUAUAUAUAUACAUCUUUUUUAUUCUUGAAAUGCUAUUCACGUUUUUUUUAGAUCAGUGUUUAGGCUUUGGGUGUUAAAUGUCGGUCGUAUAGCUUUAUUUGAGAUCAUCUUCUUUUCAAUUUUUGUUUAGGGUUAGAGUUAUUCUUUUCACUUUUGAAUAAGUUUAGAGUUCAGAUUAUUAUGCUUUUUUUUUUAAUAGUCCUAGCUGCAUAACCAAUUUAUUUUCAAAAUAAGGUUAGGAAAUGCAUGUGUAUGCAUAUAAGAAUAGUAAUGACAAUGUGUUGUCUUACAUUCAGAUUGUCCUAUUCAAACAGAAUGUGUCUUGAGAGGAAUAAUUGUAAGUCUUGAAAUAAUAAUUAUUUAAAAAAUUAAAGAGUACCUAUAUACAAAAGUAAGCUAAUGAACAGGAGUCCAAGUGCACAGGCUAUAUUAAAUAAUCACAAAUAUAAUAAAGGCACUUGCCCAUAUAUUUUUUGAACAGGUUUUCUUGUUUAAAAACAUUGAUUUUACAUCAGACUGCUGUCUCAGUGAGUUCUAGCCAAUAUUUUUCUUUUAGAAAUAUUAUUUGUAUGAGUUAUGUGUGAGAAACAGAUUAUCAGAAGUGUGCCUUUGAAGAUGUGUCCAACUCAAUGCUGGCUGCUGAACUGUUGAACAUUUACAGUUUGGUUUUGUUGGGUUUAUUUUCUACAUACUUAUACGUUUUUUUUUUUUAUAUCUUUAUUAAUUGAAAAUCAAAAUAAAAUUGUGAUGACUA